GUCGAGAUGAAGUCGUUCGGGAAUUUGACCUUUGGCCUACUUAUAGUGCUAAUUGUGUGUAUCAGUGCCGGUGCAGAAGCUCGUCGCCUGGGCCUUCGUCCAUUGACGGGAAGAGAACUUCGAAGGGCUCUCAGGGAGUCCGGAAUUGGUGUGGACUCUGAGGCUGGAAGAUCGGUGGCUUCGGCUUUGUCAGGGAUCAGCGGAUUCGCCCUUGGCAUCACAAAGGGAAUCGGUGGCUCCAUUCUGUUCGAUGUGGUCACCUCGAAUGUGACCGUCGACUACAUCACCAAUCUGCUGAGCUCCACUGCCUCCUCGACGACUUCGGACAGCAGUGGCACUGCCCAGGAGGUCUGCUUCAAUAGUCGCAGUGUCGACGGCGAGAUCAUUGCCGGCAGGAGCAAUCACAAUGAUGACAUUGUGGAUGAUGCAGAGCCAUCUGGCGACUGGAGGCAGGCUGGAACCACUUACACAGACACUGAACCUAUCAGUUCCCCCUCAGUUACUUCUACGGAUUCAGGUUCCAAAGGAGUCACCUGCAUUGUCCUGAGCUCAAAGGGUCGCCGGAGGCGUCAGUUGGAGAUUCGGGCAGGCACCUUAAGGUCUGCGUACCCAAAAAGUCGUCAUUCCCAUCGCCAGACACUGAAAAAAUUACGCAGACAUAGGCUUUAA